UCUCCGCCGGCACCCGGCGAUCGCUGAAGAACACUGACAGGGAUGACCUCCAGCAUGCUUACAUAGUAAAUCACACACAGCACACAGUAAAACAGUACACAGCACACAGUAAACCCUUUGAUCACCCCAGAUGUUAACCCUUUCCUGCCCAGUGUCAUUAGUACAGUGUCAGAGCUUUUUAUUAGCACUGAUCACUGUAUUAGUGUCAUUGGGGAUGUCAGUGGCAGUUAGUCAGGUCCCCCCCAGUGUCAGAAUGCCCGCCGCAGUCCCGCUAUAA